AUACUAUUAUUGUUGCCCGGCUGCGGAACCGCGGGACAAGAGCUGUGUUUUGGUGUGCGGGCCGCUCGUGCUCGACUAUCAUGGCUGCUCACGGUAACAACUUUAUCCGCGUGCGCUUGUACUUUGACUACCCGCCGCCGGCUGUCGUGGACUGCCGGAUGUGUUGGCUGCUCGUGGACCUGAACACGUGCCGCGUGGUGGCGGAUUUGGAGAGUCUGAUCAGAAACAAGUUUGAGUUCAGCCGCGGGAGCAUCCUGAGCCUCUUCAUAGAGGACUGCUACCUGCCGCACACCGAGAGCGUGCACGUGGUGCGCGACAACGACAGCGUCAGGGUGAAGGUGGACUCUCUGGCUCUGGUGAAUGGAAACUGUCCGGACAGAGCGAGUGACAAGUCCAGAAAGAGGCAGAGGCCCACGGAGGAGGAUGGAGUGAGUGUGGAGUGGGAGAAAAAGAAGAGAAAAAAGGGGAGCGAGGAGGCCAAGCAGGCUUCAGGGGAUGGCAGGAAGUCCUCAAAACACACAAAGAAGAAGAAAAGACAGAAGGCAGAGGAAGAUGGCCCCACUGUCACCUCCAAACCUGCUGCCUCCGUCAAAAAAACCCCAACCAGGGUGGAGCAGCCUGCUAAAACCACCAAGAAGCCCCCACAGAAGGUCUCCUCCUCAGAUUCCUCCAGAAGCAGCAGCAGUGAGGAGGACGAACCUCCCAAAAAAGUCAAACCCGCACCCAAAAAAGUAAUACCUGCGCCUAAAGCACCGUCCUCCACCCCUGCCGCCUCCAAAACACCUCCAGCCACCAAACCCGCCCAGACAAAACCACGCCCUCCUUCAGCAUCCUCAGAUUCCUCCAGCAGCAGCAGUGAGGAGGAGGAACCUCCCAAAAAAGUCAAACCCGCACCCAAAAAAGUAAUACCUGCGCCUAAAGCACCCUCCUCCACCCCUGCUGCCUCCAAAACUCCAAAACCACGCCCUCCUUCGUCGUCCUCCUCAGAAACCUCGUCCGAUGAGGCCACCGGUGUAAAAAUCCCCCCAAAAACCAAACCGCCAAUGUCCCCAGCCCCCACAGGAAGAAAAGGUGACGGCUCUGAAUCUCAGCAGGCGUCUCCGGCCCUGCAGCCCACGAACUGUGCACAGAAGCCCCCUCCUCCUCGUGACAAACCCGCAGAGCCCUGUAGCUCGAGCAGUGAAGAGGAGAUCCAGCUGGUUAUCCGAAAGCCCGUCGUCCAGCAGCUGGGCCAUGGCGCGGGGAAUCAGGCGUCUUGGAGAGGCCGCGGCCGUGGCCGAGGACAACCCAAGCAUGGUGACCCUGGAGAGAGGGGAAGGGGUGAAGGUAGAGGGGGCAGCAGGGGGCACAAUAGUAACUUUAAGUUCAGCUACAAUGGAGCCAUGGAGCCGUCAUACCAGACUGAUUCACUGAGCAACGUGUCACUGGUCGUCCAGAACGGAGCAGAAAGCGCUCCCAAACAGGACUACAGCUCGAUGCCCCUGCUAGCUGCCCCUCCACAGGUGGGGCAGAGGAUCGCCUUUAAGUUGCUGGAGCUAACUGAGAACUACACGCCCGAGGUAUCAGAAUAUAAGGAGGGCAGGAUUGUGAGCUUUGACCACACCACCAAACAGAUUGAGCUGGAGCUAAAUAAUGGCUCUCAAGCUCCUGUAGAGCCUGGCAAGUUUGACCUGGUUUACCAGAACCCAGAUGGCACAGAGAGUGUGGAGUAUGCAGUGUCCAGAAGCUCUCGGGUGACAGAACUGUGGGACUCACUGCUGGAACCGAGGCUGAUCAUUUAAAUCCAACUGUAACUUUGAACAUGCCCCCAAGUUUUAAUGGACUUUUAAUGAACUCAGGAUCCUUCCACUACUCUCAGUUAAACUGGGAGUCUUUACAUUAUAUAUGACAGCUGAGAGAUGGGAUUAUCUUCUCUUUCCUGUGCUUUUACACAAGUCAUCACUUCAGAGCAAAGUACAGGUGUCAGUACUGAAACAAGCUGGAGUUAGUGGGAAAUUAUGGUUUUAUGUCUUGUACAGUGAUGUGACUGUGGAUAUCAAUCUUGUAUAAAUUGUUUUUCUAAUAAAAAUCUGUAAAGCUGAA